AUGGCUUCGGGUCUGCAACCCGCAGCGGCGGUGGCCUCUGCCUCAGCCUCUUCCUCUGCUGUCGCUGUUGCCGGGAGCAGCUCGCUGGCUCAGCUGCUGCAGCCCCGCUGGAAGCGAGUGGUGGGGUGGUCUGGCCCCGUGCCGCGCCCCCGCCACGGCCACCGAGCCGUAGCCAUUAAGGAGCUCAUCGUAGUGUUUGGUGGAGGCAACGAGGGCAUCGUGGACGAACUGCACGUGUAUAACACGGCAACCAACCAGUGGUUUAUUCCUGCCGUUCGAGGGGACAUCCCUCCAGGCUGCGCCGCCUAUGGCUUUGUGUGUGAUGGGACUCGACUGCUGGUGUUUGGUGGGAUGGUGGAAUAUGGGAAGUACAGCAACGACCUCUACGAGUUGCAGGCAAGCAGGUGGGAAUGGAAAAGGCUCAAAGCAAAAGCCCCCAAAAAUGGGCCACCUCCAUGCCCCCGACUUGGGCACAGCUUUUCUCUUGUGGGCAACAAAUGCUACCUGUUUGGGGGUUUGGCUAAUGACAGCGAGGAUCCCAAGAACAACAUUCCGAGGUACCUGAAUGACCUAUACAUCCUGGAGUUACGACCAGGCUCUGGUGUGGUGGCCUGGGACAUCCCCAUCACUUACGGGGUCCUGCCGCCCCCUCGGGAGUCCCACACGGCCGUAGUCUAUACAGAAAAAGACAACAAGAAAUCCAAGUUGGUUAUCUAUGGGGGAAUGAGUGGCUGCAGACUUGGGGAUCUCUGGACCCUAGAUAUCGAGACCCUGACCUGGAAUAAACCUACUCUCAGUGGGGUGGCUCCUCUCCCUCGAAGUCUUCAUUCUGCCACCACCAUAGGAAACAAAAUGUAUGUGUUUGGUGGUUGGGUUCCUCUUGUUAUGGAUGACGUCAAAGUGGCUACACACGAGAAGGAGUGGAAGUGCACCAACACACUGGCCUGUCUCAACUUGGACACUAUGGCCUGGGAAACUAUUCUGAUGGACACACUGGAGGACAACAUCCCCCGGGCUCGAGCUGGCCACUGUGCAGUGGCCAUUAACACCCGACUCUAUAUUUGGAGCGGGCGAGACGGUUACCGAAAAGCGUGGAAUAACCAAGUCUGCUGUAAGGACCUCUGGUACCUAGAGACAGAAAAGCCUCCUGCCCCGUCCCGGGUGCAGCUGGUCCGAGCCAACACCAACUCCCUGGAGGUGAGCUGGGGGGCAGUGCCAACGGCUGACAGUUAUCUCCUGCAGCUCCAAAAGUAUGAUAUUCCUGCCGCCGCCGCUGCCGCUGCCACUGCCACCUCACCUGCAGCCAACCCUGUUCCAUCUGUGCCUAUCAAUCCCCCCAAGAGCCCUGCCCCAGCUGCAGCAGCCCCUGCUGUGCAGCCACUGGCCCAGGUUGGCAUCACACUGCUCCCACAGGCGGCCGCAACCCCCCCAACCACCACCACCACCAUCCAGGUCUUGCCGACAGUGCCUGGCAGCCCCAUCCCUGUGCCCACCACAGGUCGGACUCAAGGUGUCCCUGCUGUUCUCAAAGUGACUGGCCCCCAGACUCCAGCAGGAACUCCCCUAGUCACUGUUCGACCAGCCAGCCAACCUGGAAAAGCUCCAGUUACUGUGACUUCGCUGCCCGCCGGUGUCCGAAUGGUUGUGCCGACACAGAGUGCCCAGGGGACAGUGAUCGGCAGCAACCCUCAGAUGAGUGGCAUGGCAGCCCUGGCUGCUGCAGCUGCGGCCACCCAGAAGAUCCCUCCUUCCUCAGCUCCCACAGUACUGAGUGUCCCUGCAGGGACCACCAUUGUCAAAACUGUAGCAGUGUCUCCUGGCACCUCCACACUUCCAGCCACAGUGAAGGUGGCCUCCUCCCCAGUCAUGGUGAGCAACCCAGCCACCCGGAUGCUGAAGACAGCAGCAGCCCAAGUAGGCACAUCGGUAUCAUCAGCUGCCAACACUCCUACCCGCCCCAUUAUCACCGUCCACAAAUCUGGCACUGUGACUGUGGCCCAGCAAGCCCAGGUGGUGACCACCGUGGUCGGUGGAGUCACCAAAACCAUCACUCUGGUGAAGAGCCCCAUCUCUGUCCCAGGGGGCAGCGCACUGAUUUCUAAUCUGGGCAAAGUGAUGUCAGUUGUUCAGACCAAACCGGUUCAGACCUCAGCAGUCACAGGCCAGGCUUCUACUGGCCCUGUGACUCAGAUCAUCCAGACCAAAGGACCCCUGCCAGCUGGUACCAUUCUGAAGCUGGUAACGUCAGCUGAUGGCAAGCCUACCACCAUCAUCACCACCACCCAGGCCAGCGGGACUGGAACCAAACCCACCAUCUUGGGCAUCAGCAGUGUCUCCCCCAACACCACCAAACCGGGCACUACCACCAUCAUCAAAACCAUCCCCAUGUCGGCUAUCAUCACCCAGUCCGGAGCGACGGGUGUAACCAGCAGCCCUGGCAUCAAAUCCCCAAUCACCAUCAUUACCACAAAGGUCAUGACAUCUGGCACAGGGACACCUGCCAAAAUCAUAACUGCUGUCCCAAAAAUCGCUACUGGCCAUGGGCAGCAAGGAGUAACCCAGGUGGUGCUAAAAGGAGCCCCUGGACAACCAGGCACCAUCCUCCGAACAGUUCCCAUGGGUGGGGUGCGGCUUGUCACCCCAGUCACAGUAUCAGCUGUCAAACCAACAGUCACCACCCUUGUGGUGAAGGGCACCACAGGAGUUACAACUCUUGGCACUGUGACAGGCACAGUGUCUACCAGCCUUGCUGGAGCAGGCGGGCAUAACACCAAUGCCUCUCUGGCCACUCCUAUCACCACCCUGGGGACCAUUGCCACUCUUUCGAGCCAGGUGAUCAAUCCUACAGCCAUUACUGUGUCAGCUGCCCAGACCACUCUGACAGCGGCAGGAGGGCUCACCACCCCGACCAUUACCAUGCAGCCUGUCUCUCAGCCCACUCAAGUGACGUUGAUUACCACACCCAGUGGAGUAGAGGCCCAGCCAGUGCAUGACCUUCCCGUCUCCAUCUUGGCCUCACCUACAACUGAGCAGCCCACAGCCACAGUCACAAUCGCUGAAUCAGGCCAGGGUGAUGUGCAGCCCGGCACUGUGACCCUAGUGUGCUCCAACCCCCCCUGCGAGACCCAUGAGACGGGCACUACUAAUACGGCCACUACGACCGUAGUAGCAAACCUAGGCAGCCUCCAGCAGCCAACCCAAGUCCAGUUUGUCUGUGACAGGCAAGAGGCAGGUGCCUCGUUGGUGACCUCAGCAGUGGGACAGCAGAAUGGCAGCGUGGUGCGGCAAGUCUGCUCCAAUCCCCCAUGUGAAACCCAUGAAACGGGUACCACCAACACAGCCACCAUGGCCACAUCCAACAUGAUCGGGCAGCGUGUGUGUACAAACCCCCCAUGUGAGACCCAUGAGACAGGAACCACCAGCACUGCCACUACUGCCAUGUCCAACAUGGGUUCAGGGCAGCCAGCAACUGCCAGCCAGCAACGUGAGACAUAUCACACUCACACAACCAAUACCCCCACCACAGCCCGAUCUAAUAUGGGCACUAGGGAGCCUGAGAGACCACAGGUUCUUGCCAAGCCCCCAUGCCAAACUCAUCAGACCAGCGCAACCGGUACCACCAUGACUGUGAGAGCUACAGAGGCACCAUGUCCAGCUGCUCCUCGGGUCUGCCCCAGUCCUCCCUGUGAGCAAAGUACCGCUGCCACAGGUUCUAUGGGCCCCGUGACUAAGAGCAGCUCAGCUAGUGGGAGUGGUACCAGCACAGGCGUAGGGCAACUAGCCUUCAUCAGCCGGCAGUCUGAGGUACAGCAUACCCAUACAACAAACACCCCAACUACAGCCCGGUCCAACAUGGGCGCUGGGGAGGCCAAUGGGGUACAGGGGCCCACCAAGCCCUCAUGCCAAACACAUCAAACCAGUUCCACCAGCACCACUAUGACUGUGAAAGCCACAGAGGUGCACUGCCUGGCCGCUGCCACCGCCGUCUCCUCCACCUGUUCCAACCCACCCUGUGAAACGCACGAGACUGGUACCACCAACACAGCCACUACCUCGAAUGCAGGCACUCUCCAGCAGGUGUGCUCCAACCCACCCUGUGAGACCCACGAGACUGGCACCACACAUACGGCCACCACUGCCACCUCCAAUGUAGGCUCCAGUCAGCCCGGGCAGCAGAUACCUGCUAGCCCUCAUUGUGAGACUCACCAGACCACCUCCACUGGCACCACCAUGACAGUCAACUUUGGGGUCCCGCCCCCUGGGCCCAACCCCUCCCAGAAGACCCUGGAGGCAGCCUUAGAUUCUGCAGCAGCACCAGCUACUGCCAGCCCUGCGCCAACAGCCCCCUCCCCAGGGCAGAGGGUGUGUUCCAACCCCCCCUGUGAAACCCAUGAGACAGGCACCACGCACACAGCUACCACUGUCACCUCAAACAUGAGCUCAAACCAAGACCCACCACCAACCACAGGUGGUCAGGGGGAGCCAGAGAACACCCAAGGGGAAAACAUGACCUCCACCAGCUCCAACGCCAUCACCACAACAGUCUCGUCCACACAGACCCGAGCUGUGACUGCUGUGACACAGUCCACUCCGGUUCCUGGCCCUUCAGUACCGAACAUUUCAGCGAUGACGGAGAUGCCUCCUGAUGCCAUGACUACAGAAGCGUCUGUCUCAGCCACAAUAGCAGUGGCUGUAACUGGCACAGACACACAAGAGGUGGCACUCUCGGCCACAGACAUCCUUCAGCCCUUAGAGGAGAUCCCAGCUGAGACUGAAGCUCCGCAGCAGCUCUUACAGCCUCCCUCUGCUCCUCCAGGAGAGCAAGCUGAGGGCACCCCAGCGACUCACAACCCUGACCUCCAGGCAGCGGUGGACAUGAGUGGGGCUGGGGCACCCUCCCCGGGCCAAGAGGCUGCCAGCUCAGCAGUGGUGACUGCCGUCAUGGUGCAGCCACAGCCACAGCCCGAGGUGGACCAACUAUCCCUGCCCCAAGAGCUGAUGGCUGAGGCUCAGGCUGGCACCACGACCCUUAUGGUUACAGGCCUUACCCCAGAGGAGUUGGCGGUGACAGCAGCCGCUGAGGCUGCAGCCCAGGCAGCAGCUACUGAAGAAGCCCAGGCCCUGGCAAUCCAGGCUGUGCUCCAGGCAGCCCAGCAGGCCGUCAUGGGUGCCGGUGAGCCAAUGGACACAUCAGAUGCAGCUGCAGUGGCCCAGGCGGAGCUGGGGCACUUGACAGCUGAGGGCCAGGAGGGCCAGCCUACCUCCAUCCCUAUUGUGCUGACCCAGCAGGAGCUGGCUGCUUUGGUGCAGCAGCAGCAGCAAUUGCAGGAGGCCCAGGCCCAAGUUCAGGCUCAGGUGCACCAUCACCACCACCACCACCACCACCACCUGCCCACAGAGGCUCUGGCCCCCGCUGACAGCCUCAAUGACCCAGCCACGGAAAGCAAUGGCCUCAGUGACCUAGCUGGUGCUGUCACCAGCACUGUGGCCCUGCUGCCUUCCACAGCGACAGAGAGUUUGGCACCAUCCAACACAUUUGUGGCUCCUCAGCCAGUGGCGGCCAGUCCAGCGAAGCUCCAGGCAGCUGCUGCCCUGGCUGAGGUAGCUAAUGGCAUCGAAUCACCAGUGGGGAAAUCUGAUCCCCUGCCUCCACCCAUGAAAGCCACUGCCAAGAAGGAAAACCAGUGGUUUGAUGUCGGGGUCAUCAAAGGCACCAACAUGAUGGUCAUGCACUAUUUUUUGCCCCCAGACGAUGCCCCGAGUGAUGAUGACUCUGGCACCAUUCCUGACUACAAUCAGCUAAAGAAGCAAGAGCUCCAACCGGGCACAGCCUACAAGUUCCGUGUCGCAGGCAUCAAUGCCUGUGGUCGGGGGCCCUUCAGCGAGAUCUCAGCCUUUAAGACUUGUCUUCCUGGCUUUCCUGGGGCUCCUUGUGCCAUUAAAAUCAGUAAAAGUCCAGAUGGUGCACACCUCACCUGGGAGCCACCUUCCGUGACCUCAGGCAAGAUCAUUGAAUACUCAGUAUACCUAGCCAUCCAGAGCUCUCAGGCAGGUGAACCGAAAAGCUCAGCCCCAGCACAGCUGGCCUUCAUGCGGGUCUACUGUGGGCCCAACCCGUCCUGCCUGGUACAGUCCUCCAGCCUCUCCAAUGCCCACAUUGACUAUACCACCAAGCCCGCCAUCAUCUUCCGUAUCGCUGCCCGAAAUGAGAAGGGCUAUGGCCCUGCCACCCAAGUCAGGUGGUUACAAGAAUCCAGCAAGGACAGCUCCAGUUCAAAGCCUGCCAGCAAGCGUCCCUUGUCCUCGCCAGAAAUGAAAUCCGCUCCAAAGAAAUCCAAGGCAGACACCCAGUGAAAGGCCCUGACCCUGACCCUGACCCGGCCCCGGCCCCCUCCUCUGCUUCAGAGAUGCCACCCGCUGCGUGCGCCUUGUGCAACUUCUCCUUCCCCCUCCCCUGGCACCUUUGGAGCCUCCCUCUGCCCUGUUUUCUCACUUUCCCUCCUCUGUAUUUUGGGGUUUUAAGGGGUCGGGAGGAUGGGUUCUUAGGAAGAAAGCACAUUUUAGUGUUGGGCUGGGAGGGGAGGAAGGUUUGCUGGAGAGAGAGAGGCCUUCACACCCCACACCCUUGUGCUGGAUUUUGCAUGCAGUACCAAGCCUCCUAGAUGGUAUGUUGCCCCUUGGGCCUCCCCCUGCCCCCACUACCCACUAGGCGAGGCGGUAGUGGGAGAAGGGAAGAGGACAAGGGGCCUCCUGGCAGCCUCCCUCUGCCCAUGGACGCUCUCCACAGCAGCAAUCCCAUGUAGGUUUUCCACUUGUUCUCCAUCCAUAAUGUUUAAAAAGAAACUUACGAUUCCUUCUUACACCAACAGUUCUUCAUUCUUGAUUUUUCCUGGGAUUACAGAGGAGACAGAUUGGGGAACGGAGGAGGUGGAGGGGGGACAUCAGCAAGAAGAAGAGCAAAAGAAACUGGCAAAGGGCACAUAGCCUUCCUCUUCCUCUCCUCCUCCUCCUCCCUCCAAAGACUGCCCUGCUCUGAAGCCAGUCAGGGCUGGGCUAGCAGCCUGGGCAGCUUUUCUCGUUUUAUCUUUUUGUUUGCAGCCACCCAAGUUCCUUAAACUCAUCUCGGCCCUGUGCCCUCCAAGGCCUGGGCUGGACUUCCCCAGGACCUUGGCCUCACCAUCUGGUUCCCCCUGCCCAGAGCAAGAGAGAGUCUGGGGGGAGGGGGAGGGGCAUGGCUUAGUCUGAAAGAUGCCUCCAUGGGGUGAGGGAACCCCAGACAGGCCCAGGCGAGGGGAAGGGAGGAACUGUCAUCAUUUUUCUUUUUCUUUUUUUUUUUUUUCUUUUUUUUUUUUUUUUUUAAAGCAAAAAGUUGAAGAAAAGAAACUCAUUUUUAUUACAAUGUUCUAAUACGUGGGGCUUUUUUCCCGGGGUGGGGGUGGGGGUGGGGCGUCUUUUAGCAAUGUACAAAACGGAUUCCUUUUUUUCCCCCCCCCCACCCCCACCCCAGUUUAGCGUCGGUCUUGGCAGGGAUGUCCUGGGGAGGCUGAGCAGGCUGGGCCGAAGGGAGAGUGGCACCCUGGGCAGUGCCAGGAGAGGCAGAGACUCUCCAUACUUUGGUUUCUCUUGACUGCAAAGACAUUGCAUGUUGCUGCUUCCCUCCCUCCCUCCUUCCCUCCCCUCCUUCCAUCCCUUCCUCCCUUCUUUGGAUUCGACUUGGCCCUGAAAGGAGCAUGUUCAUCAGAAGGGGGGAGGCAACAUCAGCCACCUCCCCAUCCACACCCAGCGAGUUGGGAAACAAGCAAACUAGAAGGAAGUUGUCUUUUCAGGAAAGGUGAUGGGAAUGCUCCCCCACCCCCACCCCCCCAAGCCCUCUAGACCCUGCCCUGACCAGCUGGGGCCACUCCAAAUGGGAAGUGUUCCUGGGGCAGAUGGGGGCAGAGCAGACAGCUACCUACUUCUAAGAGAACCUCCCACCCCACCUGCCCCACCCCCCAACUUUCCUAUUUGGGGACAAGGGGGCGUUGAAAGGGAAGAGUAGAAGCUGAGCCUGGAAGAGAUGGACAUUUGGCAAUUAGGGGGAUGGGGUGCUCUUUCUCAAAGCCAGUGGCCCCAGCCUACAGAUUCCAUGAAUUUGUAGGCCUUGCUUUCCUAAAAGUUGGGAGCUGAACCCGAGACAGAAUCAGGCCAGGGUGGCUUAGGGGAGCCAAGCUCCCCCCGUGCCCACGAUCUGCUUUGGCCAAAUGAGCACUUUGAAAAAAUGCUGUACAAAAAGAAUUUGCAAACAAGAGGCCCACCUCAAGGACCUGACUAGGGUCUCUCCUCAGUUCUCGGGCCAGCCUAGAGAGUUAGUGACCAAUGUCCUUCCCAUACCCACCCACCCUGCCCCUGCUCACCCACGGUACCCUCUUCACCCCUCUGCUGUUGGCUCCCACAAAACUGCAGGGCCCCUGUUCUUUUGUAUUAUAGAAAAUUUCACUGUGUAGUCUCUUAGACUCCAUUCCCUAGUCCUGCCGCCGCCGCCGCCAUCUGUUUUUCUUCCAUCUUCUACCGCCCGCCCCCUUUAAUUUCUUGCCUUUUUUUUUUUUGUAAGAACAGCUGUUCUAUCUUCCAUUGUAGAGCCCCCUCCCCCUGUGACUCAAUAUUACCCUAGUGCUAUGUUGUUUGUGCUAUUUUGAACAAUAAAAUACGUUUUUUUGAAAUAA